GGAGAGCAGCUUGAACCCACACAGGAGGGUUUGCUUUGGACCAACCCUUCGCUCCUGGGCAGCAGAGAGGUCCCAGUGAUGGGGACAAGUGCCCUUAGGAGCUCUUGACAGCAGGUUCCCAGGGGAACGCAGCACUGGGGAAGGAGGUCAGCAAACACCACUGAAGUGGUUUGCGUGCCAUAGCCCGAUUGCACACCAGGACCACAACCUCCUUCACAGGGGCCACUCCACUCCCCACCCCAUCACCCUGGUAUAAAGCCCUGUGGUGUGGCCACUGCGGGGUUGGGGGAAGGAGGAGGAGAAGGAGGGAGCAGCCAUGGAGAGCAGCAUGAAGGAGGUGGUGGUUGAAGAGCCACUGGACCCGGAGAAGGGCUGCUGCGGCUCCGGGUGCUGCUCCAACGGGUGCUGCAAGCCGGGCUGCUGCUGCUGGCCCUGCGCCGUGUGCUGCUCCAAGUGCGCGCAGUGCUGCCUGCCCCGGUGCUGCCGCUGCCCCCGCUGCCCCGGCUGCCCCGGCUGCACCGGCUGCAUCAAGCGGUCGCUGUGCUUCGUCCCUCGCCUGCUCUGCUACCUGCCCCGCAAGCUCCUGAGCUGCCACCGCCUCAAGUGUCUCCUCCUGGUGGUGCUGGUGGUGGUGCUGGUCGUGGUCAUCAUCGCCGGAGCCUUGCUGAUGUGGCUGCACGCGGACCAGCGCCACGCUGAUGCUGUCCUAAGGAUGGGGUUGUGGAGAGAACCAGCCUGGGAGGAGGAUGCCGCCACUUUCUAUGUGGAUGGUGGGGAUGGAAACCCGGCCACGGUCAUCUAUGACUACAAGAAUCUGCUGGUGAGCUACAGAUCCCAGCUCCACGGUGCCUGCUACAUCACCCACAUGGACAAGGACAAUAUCCCGGGGCUGGACACUGUGGCCGAGACCUUCCAACGCCGGCAGGACGAGAAGAGACUCGCCAUGCCCCUGGCCGACCGCUCCCUCCUGGGCACCACCACCAGCAUCCUCUGCAGCAUCGUCCCUGUCUACUGGGCUUAACCUUGCUGGGUGGGUGCAAAGGGUCCCACUGCCCGCAGGGGCCCAUGGAUACCUCCCUCCC